AUGACGAAAAUCGAAGAAAGCAUCCAUUCAACAACAGCCGAAAUGGAGAGUUCACCUUUAAUGAAACUCCCGUUUGAAACCCUGGAGGCUAUCUUCUCUCAUAUAGACCCAGAGGAUCUUGUCAGCUUGUGUUUGGUUUCAAGGUCAGUCAGGGAGUAUGCUGCAUCUCGACUCUACCGAUCUCUCGAGUGCAUUCUCCAGCCCAAGAGUGAUCUCGAGCACAAGUGGCCGAUUGACCGCCUCGCGAAGCAACUAGAAACGUUGACAACAAGUGAUUUCAACUAUGCGGCAUAUAUCAAGUCAAUAUGCUUGGACACAGCACCGCUUACCGAUGAUAAUGACUAUCAGUUCCAAGAACAGAUAGCAGAUCAGUUCAAAUAUGAUACCCCCUGUGGAAAAUUCUUCAACAACCUCCUUCUUGCGUCAAUCAAGAGGAUAUCAACAUUGGAAUCCUUUCGAUGGAAUGCGGGCCUUGAACUCAAUCCGGCAGUCUUUGCGGCGCUUGCAAAAAUCCCAAGCUUGCAGCAUAUAUGCAUUCGAAUGCCCGCGGGAGUAGAACCUAUCCAGAAAAAGUCCACGCCAGCUCCUCCUCCAGGCCCUCCGACCCAGCCACUGCCCCUUCCAGUUCAGCUCAACCAAAUUCAUAUGCAUUCAGCACCUCCAAUGGCAUCGGUUAAUCAUCUAUCCCACAACUCUACGGGCUGUCGUGACAAGUUCAAGAGCCGCAAAUAUUGGGAUCCAACUCAGACUUUCUCUCAUUUCAACAAAAUAAACUCCCUGGAAGUCCUAGAAAUGGAUAACCUCGGGUAUAUUGAUGAGAUUUCAAAAUGCAUAUUACAGUCAUCUGGAACCCUAAAACACCUGAAGUUAUCGUUUUCAGAACGGCUAGCUCUCUCAGCGCGCAAGAAGAAAGAUGAGGAGAUCUCAGAAACAAGCAGCGUUCAAGACGAGGAAGAACUCUAUCAGCCUCUCCCUCCUCCACCUCCUCCCGGCCAGCCUGCAGCCUUUACUUCAUCUAGCUCCAGGAAUUCUGAGGUCCGGCGCGAACGUCUUGCUCAGGAACAGGUUCUUGCUCGCCUCUUCAGCUUAGACAUUGACAAGAAUGCGAUGCCACAAAAAGAGUCAAAUGAGCUUGUUGAUAACGCUGUUACCGGUACAACCAAAAGUCUCCAGGUUGGGGACGGUGCAGAUGUAUCCCUUAUUAAUGACUUAAAAUCAGUUUUGGAAAAGCUUAACACACAACAACCAAAAUAUCAAGCUGUCAUAGCCGAGAUUGAAAAGGUUACAGGCCCAUAUCAGGAUUCCGAAAAAGAAACAGGUAAUGAAACACAGCAAGGUGAACAGUCAACCGCUCCACCAGCUGCAUCCUCAGGUGAGAAAGAUGGCGAUAACGCCGUAGCGGCUGAUGGCAACCAGGAGAGCAAAGAGCCUGGACCGAAAUCCGGUGAUACAGAUACCCUCAUUACAGGUGAUGCUGAAGACAUGGACCUAGAGAAGCGUUUACAAACCCUUGUAGACAUGGAACAUCCUGAUGACAUUAGUGAAGGAGAAGAUCAGGAGUUUGUUGAUGAAAUGAUCGAUACCGCACCACGUCUCAAAGCGAUGACCAAUGGCACGGUUCAUUUUGGUAAAUCAAAAGACAAAGGACCUGCGAAUAAGAUACCAGCCGACAAUGACGAUCAUAGCAUAAAUGAACACGAGGUCAUUCAUAACUAUGUUCGCCAACAUCACGGCAUCGCGCUCGACAGCCUCUCAAUCUAUUUGGUUCCAGUCAAACCCUCCAUCCUUUGUCGAGGCAUCAACGUGUGGACUCUGAGACAUAUCUCCUUGCUCAACGUUGGUCCGCAGAGGGCAUUAUGGGCCACGCUGGAGAAUCUAAAUAGCUAUAACCCUAUUCCGCUUAUCUCUGUUCACACAGACAAUGUGACCAGUAACCUGCUAUCUUUCCUCAGUGGCCUACGACGCCUAGAGGAACUAUUUAUGAUAGAGCGUAGUACUCGCUCUAGAGUAGAGCCUUCUACUCCCAAACCUACUGUUACAGUUGAAGGGAUGCGCGAUCUUGUGCUCGCCAAACAUAUCGGCACACUAAAGCGGCUGAUGAUAAGAAAUGACAACGAUUUAAGCUGGUCUUUGGAUCCAGCAUCUGUUCUACUCAUCACUAGAAACGGCCACAAGUUGAUUGAACUAGUGGCCCACCUCGGCUCCCGGUGCUUUCAUUUACUGAUGCGACAUAUGAGCACCAUGGAGUCUCUCAGUGUACUUCAUGUCCUUUUCUCGGACCCGGAUUACUGCGUUAGUGUCCUGGACGAGGUACGGGAGUCUGCUAUUGAUAACUUUGCGCACUACUCCUCCGUCAAGGACGUCUACAUUGGCGUGAGCUAUGCCUCUGGUGGCCCUGUGCAAACGCGCUGUACCUUUAUGAAAUUCCGUAACAGAAACGGCCUGACGAACAAGGAAAGCCGAACAUUUGACUCCAACAAAAACGAUACGGCUGAUAUUGACGAAGAUUUUAUCAACCCCGACCCAUCAACCCGUGUAAUCCUCUCAGAGGUUGCUCAUUUUGAAGACACACCGGGAGUCAAAGUUUGGAAGAAAGAAAACUGGAACUUAAUGUUGUGA